AGUUUCCGGUGGAGAGGAUACAGGCUGAAGAGAACGACGUUGUAUGAGCCAAUGGUGGCGGCGAAGAUUACCCUGCCGGAGGAGUAUCUGGGACGAGUGAUGGAGUUGUGUGAGAGUGUGAGGAGGGUGCAGAAGAGCGUCGAGUUCUUUUACGCGACGCAGGUGAUUCUCAAGUAUGAGUUGCCCACGGCGAGUUUGGUGGAUGACCUGUUUGGCAAGUUGAAGGGCGCAACCAAGGGGUAUGCGACGCUGGACUAUGAGGAUGCCGGGUGGAGGGAGAGCAGUUUGGUGAAGCUGAAUCUACUGGUGAAUAAGAUACCGGUGGAUGCGGUGGCGAGAGUGGUGCAUAGCAGCCAGGUGGAGAGGCUGGGGAGGCAGUGGGUGACCAAGUUUAAGGAGCAUGUGGAUAGGCAGAUGUUUGCUGCGGCUGGCAAGAGAGUCGUUGCAAGAGAAACGUUGAAGCCAUUCAGAAAAGAGGUCCUGGCCAAGCUGCAUGCCAGUGAUAUCGGGCGGAGGAGGAAGCUGCUUGACAAGCAAAAGGCCGGACGUAAAAGGUUGAGGGCGGUGGGCAACGUGGUCAUUGAUCUUUCGGCCUUCCAGAAAUUUUUAACAAAGUAG